AUGCCUUUUCUACAUAGUUCCAUCAAAAUCAAGAGUUUCAAUGAUUACCGGAUCAUCUUCUGGAUGUCAAUUCCAAUCGUCACUGGAAUUUUUUGGGGAAUUAUGACAGAAACACUAAUAGGACCUACUGUGCAAAUCGACAAUGCUAUUGAAAACAUUCUUCUCUCUGAUUUCGAUACGCAUAUUGAGGAUGUAACCUACAUUGGUCCAUAUUUGUACCAAAAACAAGUCGAUGGAAGCAUUCAAGUUGAUAUAAAAUCGUUCGUGUGUCUCAUAGUUAUGGUAGCUAUUAUUUUGCUGUCAAUGGGCCUCAUUGUUGUUUCUGCCUUCAAAUGUUUUCUCGGGCUAAAUGUCUAUCUAGAAGUUAACAGAAAUGUUUCAAAAAAGUACAACAGUUUACAAGUUCAACUGUUCAAUGCUCUUAUUAUUCAAACUUUGAUUCCAAUCCUUCUCAUGCAUCUUCCUUGUUUGACUAUUUUCGUGUGUGCAAUUUUUGAGAUUGAUUUGGGACAUUCGAGUGUUGUAAUGACGAUUACAACUGCAUUAUUCCCAGCGCUAGACCCUCUUCCAGUUAUGCUAAUUAUAAAAGAUUAUCGAAACGCGUUAACAAAUAUUGUGAUAACUCGGGUUGUUCCGGUCAAAAAGAAGAAGAAGAAAUCCAGGAAUGAAAAUGCUACUAAUAAUUUUUGA